AUGGCCUUGUCCGAUCAUUGGAUGUACUCGCGCCUUCAGAUUGCUCAAGGAGCUAGGCAAUCAUUUUACAGUAAGUACCUCCAGUCUCUCCAUCGAUCCUCGAAAUUGGAUCUUACAGUCGAUCCUCACCUUUGCCCUCUCCUCCUCCUCCACCACCCCAAUGCUAACUUCCUUUUCUCUUCCAAUCAGCCGGAACAUAAAGGCGCAAACCUGCACGACCUGCGCAACGGCCAGUUCCGCGCUAUCAGCUACGCAGGCAAUGGACCUCCCCGUAUCGUAGUCCGAAGCAACAAACCGCCGACCCCAAUUCUCCCAUUCCUUCCUCCAAGCAGUCCUGCGUCGUCCGUUGUGCGUUCAUCCUCAGUCGAGCGUGGACCUACGCCUGCCAUUUACAUAAAAAGCGAACAUCCAAUCGUGUACGAAGACGGCCAGCAAGCUGAGCUAAUUGUUCUUGAUUCCGAGGAUGACGAGCACACCUCCAGCACUCGGGACGUUGGCGAGGUGGUGGAGGAGGAAGAGAAGAAUAGUGAUGAGGACAUGGACGAUGUCUUCAGCGAUGGCGCUGGCGCGGACAAAGAAAGUGUUACCAGCGUCAGUGACGCAGAGGAGGAGGACGUCGCCGUUCACACUCCUGAUCGGAACGGACUCGCCUUCGAGAACCUCGAAAACGGCCAAUUCUUCAACUACGCCGCCUCCCCAGUCUGGCGACAUAUCAACAGAUUCACACCAUCUCGCAUCCCAGUACCGGAAGACACAUGCUUGCGGGAGUUUCUCACGCUCCCUCUCGCUCGUGAACUUCCUCAUUGCUGGCAUGUUCUCCUCGCUCAGCCCCGCUUCGCCACGGAGUAUUUCAAUCUCAAGAUGAUGACCGGAGUGGCCAUGUUUCUCACCGGCGAGGAGAUGGACGUGGCGGCGUGCACGACAUUUGAUAAAUGCCUCUUUCAAAAUCCAAUCCAGGUCGCUCGAGCACUGUCGGACUUUGCGGCAAAAGGCAAUGCCGUCCAUAAUAUCUUUGCCUUUCCGCGUUGUGUGGUCCCUUCGGCGGACUUCUUGGAGAGAUCAGCGACGCUAAAGGAGAGGCUUGGCGGCAUCACAUGUUGCAAUGCCUACUUCCACUUGGGCAAGGUACCAGAGCCCAAGCUGAUCUACGUCGCUGGUUACCCGCUUCCAUACCCGAUUACUCCGGAGAACCCUCCCCGCGCUGCGCCGGCCCCGGCCCGCAAGGACAAUGGCGCCUCUCCCACGUCCGGCCAACUCCAACAAAGCAGUCCUUACAAUGACUUACCUCAAUCUAGCCCCCUGAAGUCGCGAUCGACAUCCGAGUCACUCAAGCGGAAGAUCCCUCCCUGCGCCGCAUCCGACGAUUACCUCCACAGCUACCGGCUGUCCGCAGACCCUGUUACCCCCGCCAAAUGGGAGUCCGUCAAUGGUGUCCUGCGCCAGCGGGACUCUCACCUUGCGCCAGUCUUUGCCUACAGUCCAUCUUAUGUCUCCCACCACUCCAGCUCCGACUACUCCCAUAAGCAAGCCAACAAGCGAAUUAAGCUUCUCUCUUCCCCUUCCAGCGACGGCAGCCGUCGUGGCACCACGAUCGCCGAUUUCCGUAUUAUUCACCUGCACCGCCUUCACAAGACCAGCGGAACCAGCAACACCGAUGAUGACCUCAAGCCGAAAACAGCGCAAUCCGUCAGCCUCCCAGUCUCCGAAUCCCAUGCUUUCGUAUGUUCCGUCGCCAGCGGCGGUCCGGUACGUGUCUUCCUGGACAAAUGCAAGGGAGGAGGCCAAGAGCGGCCUUUUGACAUCAUGGACGGCGGCGUCUGGAUUGUUGAGAAGGGAUGGAAUUGUCGGAUGGAGGUAGCUGUUAGUGCCGCCAAUGAUGCUGCCACGGAUGUAGACAUGGAGAAUAGAAUGCAAGUGACUGCGAGUGUGCACGUCACUGGUGUUUUGGCUUCGGAGACCGGCAAGGAGAACAAGAACAAGCAAGAGAGGAAGCAAGAGAGGAAGGAGAAAAUGGAGCAGAAGAAGCAAGAGAAGAAGAUGAAGAAGGCUAUCAAGGAGCAGCAGAAACAGAAGAAGGAGCAGGCGAAGAAAAUCAAAGAGGAGAGUAAGAAGGAGAAUCUGGCAAGGAAGCAGGCCAAGCAGGCUAAGCAAGAGAGGAGGAAGCAGAGGGUGAUCAAGAGGGAGAAGAAGCAUGUGAAGAACGAGAAGAAUGAGAAGAAGGAGAAGAGGAAGGACUAG